AUGUCGCUACGAGCUGCGACCUUGCCGCUCUCAGGUGAUGUGAUUCAGAUCACAGGUCUUUCAGAUGAUGUUUCUGGUCGUGUGACUGUUUAUGAUGCUCAGGUUAUGGGGCUUAUGCUGUCGAUUGACGCGUCUUCGGUUGUUGUGGCCAGGGGUCAGCUUAGCGUGAAAGAUUUGUGUGAGAUCAAAGAACUGUGUAGUGGCAUUGCUUGCAUUUCUAUGGGAGCGGCACACAUAGGAGGCUGGGCUGUGGGAGCGUUAGAUGUGAACCAUUUAGCAAUUUCGCACCUCAGAGACAAUGGGCAUCCCAACCCUGUCUUGGGCUCAGUCCUGAAAGACAGUGACAUUUGCCGCAUGCACCUGAUGAAUGGAGCGAGGAGAGGCACUCUGUCAGCAGGCUUUCCAUGCCAACCUUUCUCCAAGCAGGGUGACUCCAAAGGCAUGGGAGACAGCAGAGCAGCAGUGUUCAUGGGGGUUGCUCGGGCCGCAUGGCUCAUGCAGCCAGGGCUGAUCCUGCUGGAGUGCGUGGUUGAAGCUGGAAUGAUUCCUGAGAUCAAUUUGACCCUGGCACAGUUAGCAGAGGGAUUGGGCUUUGGCAUUCGCACCAUUGAACUUGCCUUGGAAGAUCUGUGGCCUUGCCGACGUCGCAGAUGGUGGGCAGUGAUCACCUCGCCCACUUGGCUUCCCACUAGCUUGAGAUCCUGGCCCAGCUUUUCAUUUCCAAAGGUCAGUGAUGUGAUUCCAGUGUGGCCCACAUGGCCAGCGCAUGAAGAAGAUCAAUUGGAGUUGAACGGAGUUGAGCUGCAUGCCUUUCAUGAACCUUGCUUUGGUUUGGAAGAUCGAGUGCUUCAGACCAGUGGUGUGGCACCUACUUUCCUCCACUCCUAUGGGAGUCAAUUGUCAGGGUGUCCAUGCAAAUGCCGCAGUCAAGGUCUCAGUCCUGAACGGCUGGAACGGGCAGGAUUGCGUGGGGUUUAUGUUCACUCUCAAAUGAGUGGCAUGCCUCGUUGGCUUCACCCCCGUGAACUGGCAGUUCUUCAGACCGUGAUGCCUGACAUGAUCUUCAAUGAUGAUCUUCGUGCAAGCUUGGUGAUGUUGGGGCAGAUUGCAGCACCGGCUCAGGCCCUUUGGCUGCUAGCACAGAUUUGGUGUCCUUUGCUCACGGACUUGCCAUCUCCGGAAAAAGCCCUCAAGAGCUAUCUGGAUGAGCUGCUUCGUCGACGGUACCAUGUCUUUCCUCCCCAGGCAAUUCCUGAUCGUCAAUUGACUCAUGUCUGGAGUGACCUUGGCAGUGAACUCAUAGCAUCGACAGGUGUCCACAAGGUGGAAGAUUUCCUGGCGGCGGAAUGUAGAGCACUUUCUUGCACAGAAGUCUCACUUGUUGAUGAUGGAGCCAGAUUGCAUGGUCUUGCUGUCCUGCACUCGUCGGGGCAGACUGGUGCGUACACGAUUGCUCGCACCGAAGCCUCAAAUCUUGUUGCGCCAGCAAAACUGGUUUUGGUGAAGUUGAUCUCGGAGGGCAUGACUUGGCAGACUCUGUUGUACUCAGGCAGCUUUCUCUUUGAAGCCUUCUGGCGUUUGCGCCUUCAGGUAGAGCCAACUAAGUUGUAUGAUGAUCACGAUGGUUGCUGGUUCCCUGACUCACGGGUCUGGGAGGAUGUCACUUUGAUGGAUGUGCCAGUGCUCACUAGUGCCGGACCUCUGGACACAGGAGUGCUUUACCAGCAGCCUCAAGAUGACAUCACAGGACCUCAGCUCCAACGUGCUAUUGACGGCUUGGCCUUGAGACCAUCUGGACCUGAUGAGUUUCUUCUUUCAGUGGCUCAUGCGCAAGUGCUGGUUCAAGCUCCGUUGCACCUUCCGAGUGCAGUCCUUCACCGUUGUGGCCAAUGCCUGGUAUUCCAUGGAGUCUUUCAUAGCUGUGGUCAUUGGGCCAUGUUCUCUUGUAUUCGUGCAGCAGGAAAGGUUGAAGUUCAUUACUUUGAUGGUGUAAUCCACCUGCUGGAUCAUGAAAUGCGGGCAGUUGGGGCGUGGGCAAGUCGACUCUGGCACCUUGAUCAGGUUGAGGUGAUCUUUGCAAGAACGGUUGUGCAGCCUCAGCCACAUUUGAGUGCAGCAGUUGCCUUGGCUCACCUUCGACAAGUAUGCUCCCUUUUGAGUGCACCUACCUCUGCAGAUCUGGAGCAAUGGCAUGAAUGGUUGAUGGCACCUUUGCAAGAGGAUGCCUCCUCUAUGGAGGUCGAUGUCAUUCCGGCCGCAGAGGGAGUUGACUUGUUGGCUAUGGCUAGAUUUGCUGAUCACCUCAUGACAGAAGCCACAGGAGAAGUGACUCUCAUGCCUGUUCUCUAUAGUGUUGCCUUGGGCCAUGGCAAUGAAGAGGAGGCCACAGCUUUCUUGCAGCGACAGCUUCCGUUAACAAAGUCGGUGGCACUCCUUGUUGAAUCGGCACAUCACUGGCUCCUUCUGGUGAUUCAUGACUCCAUGGGCUGGAUCGAUGUUGAUUAUUAUGAUGGCCUGCCUCAUGCACAUGAUCAGGUGGUGACCUCAAUCGCUCGCUGGGCUCAAGAAUUGUUGAUGGCCAGAGGGUUUGUGAUCAAUUAUGUCACUGCCUUGACUCAACAGCAGCAUGACCACUGUGGAGUGAUUGCGCUAGCCCACCUAGCGAUGAUCCUUCGGCCGGAGGAGGAUUGGACUCAAUCAGCACUCACUGACCUUCAUUCUCUUCUUCAGGACUCAUGGGAGGUGUCUCAUUCAGUAUGGGCUUGUGGACCUGAUGGUUCUGAACAGCGCCUUGUCCAGGAGGUGGCCGAUUUGCUGAUCUCCAAAGGUGUACCGAAAGAACGUGCCUCCGAACGAGCGCUAGCAGGCAUCUCAGCAGUUGGAGAGGCAGCCAUGGUGAAAGCUAUGCGCCAAAAGCAUCCGUGGGCUGAGUUGAAGCAACUUGGCUCCAUGCCCUCAGUGCGCUUCCAGUGGGUGAAGGCUGAUGAGCUCAUGAAACAGGUUCGAGCCCGGGCUGAAGAGAAUUAUGGUGUGUCGGCUGCAACCCGCAAGCGAGACAAUCGACGAGAAAGAGCUGAACCUCAACCUCUUCAGAUCCAUCCGUCUCAAUUGAGCUUGAUUGAUGGCUCCUUUGUUGACUCUGAGGGCAAGGCCAUGCAGCAGAUUCAGUUAGCUGAUGUCACGAGCCAAGCCACUGGAGUCGCCUUCGCGACAGUUGCUGAAGCAGGUCCCUAUCUCAAGGAGGGCAAAAGCUUGAGUUUGUCUCCACUAGCGCUGCUGACCACCUCGCAGAUUCCACAUGAUCUCAUUGGCUUGCUUCCGGUGGACCACAUGCGCUAUCCUGUGUUGUACCAGGGCACUCAAGAGCCAGUUCUGGUACAGGGUUCCCUAAUUCAGCUGGGUGAUGAAAAUGUUAGUCGUCAUCAUGAUUCCAACCCUCCGAAUUUGGAUGCCCUGCCUACAGCCACAUUGCGACUGUUGAUCUUCAGAGAUGAGUUUGAACAGUCUGGAGGCAACUGGGCAUCUUUUUGCCAAGGUCCAUUGCGACAGAUGUUCCAAGUGAUUCCCGGCCUGACAAUCUGUCGAGGAGAAGCAUGUGGUGGUGAUUGCUCCCGGCAUCAUUGCCCGGUGGAUCAAGACUAUGAAAGCCUGCUUACUGACAUUUGGGAACGAAGAUGGUCCCGUACAGAUGGUGGUGGUCGGGUCAAGCCAGAAGAUGCCGGGCAGUUCUCCGUCCUAGCUCGCGUGGUCAAAUCAGCUGCUGAGCAGGUUCAGAAUCUGUCUGGACAACGUGGUUUCUACGUUGAGCCUCGGCAGGAAGAUGGUAAGGGGCCAGCAGCUGGCUAUGGGGUCAUUUGGUUGAAUCAACACAGCCUUCGUGAUGCUGAACACAAGAGGAAAACCGUUGAUGGAGCAGUUGCCUUGGUCCGGUUGGGCCAGCGUUGGGGACUUCGGUUCAAGGAUGGUGAUAUGGCGACAGCUUUUGCUGAGCUCCGACCUCAUGAGACGUACAUGAAGGUUCAGGUUCAAGAGAUCUACUUGAUGCAUCCUUUGCCGCAUGGGACUACAAGAGCAGGCUUGGUCAAGUGUUUGAAGUCCUGGGGCUGGGCAGCGAAGCCGCUGCAACCGGUGCGAGGAGGCCCUGAGGGAGCAGGAUGGCAUGUUGGUAGUGGGUCUCCGCCACCAAGUGCAGUUUUGCAAGGGGCUCAUGGAGAUGUAGUGGUCACCAAAGUGCGCUCGGUUGUGAACACCAAGGAGGCUCCCAGCAUUUUGGGCUCAUUCAAAACGAAGGCACACCUCAGAUCUCAGUCCAAGACACCCUUGCCCACGAAGGUGUCGUCCAAUGCAAGUGCGUCAAAAGACCCUUGGCUUCAGCAAGAUCCAUGGCAGUCAUUCAAGCCAACACAGCCCCGAUCCACUGGACCUGACAUCACAGCUCCGGCCAAGCAGAAGUUGGAGGAGGUGGAGAAGAAGCUCCGAGAUGACAUGAAGUCAGUGGUUCGCAAGGAGCUUGAGGACCAUGCAGCCUGUUCUGAGGAUGCAGCCAUGCAGAAUUCUUGGGAUGCUGAUGUGAGGCUCUGCAGGCUGGAGAGUUCGCUGGGUGAGAUCAAGGCGCAGAAUGCUCGAUAUGACCAAUGGUUCGAACACCAAGCACAAGUCCAGAUUGAAUUGAAUGGUCGGGUUGAGUAUCUUGCUCAAGAUCUCCAGUCCCAGAAGCAGCAGGUGGAGGCUCUGGAUCAGGCAGUCCACAAACAGGGCAAUGACACCCAGUCUUCCUUUGUCUCUCUGGCCGAAGACAUGCGCAAGGGCUUUGCACACAUUGAAAGUAUGUUUGCCACUCAUGCACAGGACAAGCGGCAGCGCAAGGUGAGCGAAAGCCCACACAAGGGAGAGAAGGGCCGAGGCUCUGGAGGGUCCUUUGCCCGCAUCAAGAUUGACAGCACGGAUGGGCCUUCUGGUUCAUACUGUGGUAUUGGGUCGGGGAUCCGAAAGAGUUCUCGCUCUUCUUGGUGGCCUGCAUGGAGGUUCAGGUUGGGAGAAGCACAGCACCCAGGACCUGUUGAGUCUGAUGAGGAUGAUCUUUUCUGCAUUGGGACUAGUAAUCCUUCGGGGCUGCAUGGCAAAGAGCAUGUCUUUGGUUCCUUGCCUUGUGGAAUUUGGGGUGUGGCAAAGACACAUUUGAGCUCUGCAGGAAUGGGCCCUGGUUUAGCCAGAUUGAAGCGAAUAGGAUUAGCACAUGGCCGUCACUGGAGGCUCCACCCUGGCGCCCCGGUGCCUUUGCGAGCUCGCUCUAGCAUUGCAGGUACAUGGGCUGGAGUGAUGCACAUCAGUGAUUGGCCAGGGCGAUCAGUACAUGUUCCCUGGCCUGAAGGACAGUACAGUGCAGGCCGAGUUGCACUUUGUCAUCACUGGGUCGGAAGUCUAGGUGUUUCCGGUGCCAUGAUCUAUGGAUGGAGUCCGGGGCCUACAUGGCCACAGGCGAGGUGGCACACGAACAGAUUGCUUCAGAGUGUCACCGAACAGCUUGUCCUGCGACGAAGUGGAUGUCGCUAUGUCAUGGGGGACUUUAACCAUGAUGAGGAUCAGCUGGAAGCUAUACAGGUCUGGAAAUCCCUGGGGUGGGUUGAGGUGCAAACUCUUCAUCUCGAGCGGCAUUGUGAGCCCAUUCGCAUGACAUGCAAGGGCAAAACCAAACGUGAUAUGAUCUUUGUCAGUCCUGAACUUGCAGCUUUGUUUGUUUCAGCAACUGUCAGGGAUUCCUUCUCUGACCAUUCGGUGGUGUGGGGCACUUUUCGAUGUCAACGGCGUUGUACCCCACAUUGGAUUUGGCCACUCCCACGACCAAUUGACUGGAAGGAGGUGGACUUGAAAAGUUGGCAGACACAGUUUGCGGGGGAUGAUGUGAUGCAAGUUGAGGGGCUUGAUGGCACUCAGAGCUUUGAACGCUGGGCGAAGUCAUAUGAGACUAGCUUGCAAGGUUUUGUCACGUCCUCCAGCGAGGGUCUUCACCCGAGUUCCACGGGGAGGGGCCGUGUUCAGAAGCCAGUUCUUCAGCGACCUCAAGGACCUUUGAGCAGACCAGCACGGCAUGGGGAGGAACGUCUCCUGUCAGACUUUGCAGGCCGUGGGGUACAGCUUUGGUUCAGGCAGCUUCGUCGAUUACAAGCUCUGGUUCAAAGCCUAAGAUCAGGCAACACAUCGGGUUCGGCUCAAGCACAUCGACUUGAGACAUGGGUAGCAAUCUGCAAUGCCUCAGGCUUUCAGAAAGGGUUUCGUGUGUGGUGGACUGUGAGAUCAGUGAAAUUGCAAGGGACGCCAGCACUUCUGCCAACCGGGGUGCCAUCUUUGCAGGUUGCUGAACACUUGUUUGCUGAUUUUCGGGCCAAUUUCCGACGGUUUGAGACGUGGCAACUUCGCCGACAAGUGGAGAUCUCUAGGACCCAACUGGCGACUCAUAAGGAACAGGUCUUUCAGCGAGUUCGCUUGCAUCAAAAAGACUAUCUGGAUUCAUUGGCCACAGUUGAGGAGACAUCAAUUCUGGCCAUUUCACCUGAUGGGACUGAACUACAUUUGGAACAAGCCAUAGGAGAGGGGUUGCAUGAUUGUCAAAUAUGGUUGGCAGAUGGGAUGGCUGAAAUCAAGCUGGAACGAAAAGAGGGAGAGGCGUUCCGUGUGAUAGAUGCAGACUGCUUGCUUGUGCCUGACCAGAGCAUUGUGUGUCAGAGCUUCUGUACCCGAGUUGACACCAUUCAGAAGGUUUUGACUGAUUUCUGGUCGGCUCGUUGGCGAAAGCAUGCAGAAACCCAAGAAGGGGAUUGGAGGAGAAUCCUUUCAUUCGGCCGUGCAUAUUUGCCUUGUCGCAAGCUUGACUAUGAAGCCAUUUCCCUGCAUGCGUGGCAGCAUGUGAAUGCCCGCUAUAAUGACAGAGCUGCCCGGGGCCCGGAUGGGUUUCAUGGCCGGGACUUACAAAAUGCUCCAGAAGGCCUUCAGAAAGCACUUUUAGCUAUGCUGACGGCGGUUGAACUUGAGCACAUUCAGUGGCCUGAACAGCUACUGACUGGAUUUGUUGCCUGCUUGGCCAAAACUGCAACAGCAUCCGAGGUGGCUCAUUUCCGUCCAAUCAUUGUCUUUUCGGCCAUAUAUCGAAGCUGGGCUACAGCCAGAGCGAGACCACUCCUGGCACAUUUGGCUGACAUGGCCACAGACACUCAGCUGGGAUUUUUGCCGGGCAGAGAAGCGCUGCAGAUCUCAUUUCUCAUCCAAGGUCUGGUGGAGCUAUGUGUUGGAGUGGGCUCAGACAUGCAAGGCCUUGUCACAGACAUCCAGAAAGCCUUUGAGAAUAUUCCUCGACUCCCUGUCUUCAAGCUGGCAGAACAUAUUGGUGCUCCAACACCAAUCAUACGGGCAUGGGAUCACUUCCUGCAGAGCAUGACUCGGAGAUUCGUUGUGAGAGGAGAGAUAGGACCGCCCUUGGACUCGACUUCUGGCAUGCCGGAAGGCUGUGCCAUGAGCUGCUAUGCCAUGGGCAUCAUCGACCUUUGCUUUCACUUCUACAUGCACCACUUUGCACCCGAGACACUGCCUCUGUCAUUUGUUGACAACUUGGGGUUGCUGAGUACCGAGGUAGCGCAUUUGCAACAUGGUCACAUUGUGCUGCAGGAGUUUCUUCAUCUCUGGAAGCUUGAUAUGGACCUCCGAAAGUCUUGGACCUGGUCUACUAGGACCAGUGACAAAGGAGCACUUGAGGUCCUGGGCUUGGAUGUCAAGGCCAGUGCUGGUGACUUGGGGGUGCAACAUAGUUACACGGGAGCUCGCAGGAUUGAUGUGCAACGUGCUCGAUUGGCAUCGUUGGAUGAUCUCUGGGUACGCCUUCGCAAGAUGGGAGCAGAUGAUCGUCUCAAGUAUAUGGUGCUUCAGCAGGCCUUCUGGCCCAGAGCGCUGCAUGGUGUGUCCAUUUGCCUGUUGGGCCCAGCUCACCUUGCAUCGCUGCGCACGGCAGCUGUCAAGGCAUUGGCGCAUGGUGCGGCUGGGGCCUCCCCAUUGAUUCGUAUGUCGCUCAUAGCCCCGGUGAAAGCAGACCCUGGCUUCUAUCAGACAGUGCGAGUUCUCACAGACUUUCGUCGUAUGGCAGCAAAACAGGACAUGGUAUUGGAUCUAUGGAUGCAGCACUUCCAGGGCUUCGAUGGAGUCCUCAGAGCUGGCCCUUUCUCCAAGCUGCUUGAAGUCCUGGAACCCCUGGGAUGGCGGAUUGUGAUGCCUCCAUACGUGUGCAACCACCAUGGGGUUGAAAUUGACCUGUUGAGCAUGCCGGAAGCACAGCUGCUGUCACAACUGGAAGAUGCAUGGCUAGACUGGGUCUCAGGAGAAGUGUGCAACAGAAGAGAUUUUGCAGGUUUGAUGUUGAUCAACUGGGUUGUGGUCAGACGGGCACAACGUCAUUUGACAGGACGUCAGCAAGCUCAGGUUGCCUCUCUCCAGGAGGGAGCCUUCUGUACAGCUGUGCAACAGGCCAAAUAUGACAACUUCACUGCUGUUCUAUGCCCCUUUUGCCAUGUUCCGGAUGACCUUGACCAUCGUUGUAUGAGAUGCACUCAACUGGCAAGCAUUCAUCAGAAACAUGCUGCUAUUCGAGCCAGAUGGUAUGACUUGACGGUGUCUCAACGCCAUAGGUUGCUUCCAAACAAAUUCCCGGCCUGGAGCCGAUAUCAACGAGCAUUGGGCCCUUUGGAAUGUCCACGGUUUCAAUUUGAGGCAACUGCACAGAUCGAGGGCUGGGUGGACUUGUUCACAGACGGCUCGUGCAUGUGUCCUGACAUGCCUGAAUGUGGCCUUUCAACCUGGGCCAUAGUCUCCAGCACGCAUGCAAUGACAAUUUCUGCUGGUAUUGUUCCGGGAUUUUGCCACUCCAGUGACCGAGCAGAAUUGGUUGCACUGUUGGGUGCCAUGACGUGGGCGCGACAUCAUGACGGCCCCACGGCUUGUUGGACGGAUAGUGCAUAUGCUGCAGUGGGGUUCUGGAGGCUUCAGGCCUGGACCUAUGACACACCCUAUGACUCCAACAGUGAUCUGUGGGAGGUUGGGAGAAGGCUGCUACAACAACUCUGCUACCCUUUUGUGGUCCGACACAUACCUGGCCACAGGGAAGAAGCAGAGUGUGAUGAAGUGGUGCAGGCAUGGGCAGCUCACUGGAACACACUAGCGGACAGAGCCGCUGCGGCAGCGUACUCUUGCUACAGUGAGGAGGUGCGCCAGUUGUGGUUUGAGCUGGUCCGUUUUCAAAAUGCUGAGCUAAAAACACUUCGUGCGUUGCAAGACCUGCAUUGUGACGUUGGCAGUGAGUGGCAGAGACUAGUUCAGCUGCACAAGACAGCCAUACAAGAGGUCAACCCAAAGCAUACUCAGCUGGUUGAAGCACAGGAGACUGACCCAGGCAUGUUAGCUGAGUACCGUGGCGAAUACGGAGCAGCAGUGUUGACAGCAGAAAAUGCACAGCGCGCCAAGUAUAUCGAUAUGAAGAACACCAAUCCAGCUUUGAGGAUGAGAGCUGAGACACAUUUGGGGCCGCGGACAGUGGUGAGUGUUCACAAGACAUCUACAAGCACUUUGCAACGCCCAGAGUCCAUGUUUGUGGAGUUGAAGACAUUCCGCAAAGACUUUCCGGACAGGCAGGUGGAAGACUCUGAGAUUGUUUGGGAGCAAAUUGAUGGACUUUGGACGGCUGGCGUGAAUGUGAUGACUGGCAAAGCAGGAUACUACCGUCGCAAGCAAGAGGAAAGCAAGACUGUGGAAAAGGCAGUGACCAUUCAUGAAGGUGAAGCCGAACUUGAUGAUCAGGCUGCAUCCAACAUGUUUGGAAUGGCUAUCAAACAAACACAACCACAUACAGAAUGUGCGUUCAAUGCCAACGACUUGCCUUUCUUUAGAGCGAGGUGGAAUGAUGCUGCUGGGAAUGUUGUCUUUGCAGAGAAAUCUCUUCCAGUGCCAGUGGCCGCCAGCCAACGCGCGUUGGUAGCUGAUGAGGGUUCGGCUGCACAUGCUUCAUCGUCUGAUCCUUCCAACCUUCCUGGUCCGAUGGCUAAUGUUGCUGAAGUUGAACACGCCGAUGAGGGUGAUGACGAGGAUGAUGUGCCACGGUCGUCUGGCAGUGACACUAGCGCAGACAAGGCUAUUGUAGACAGCUUUGCAAAGCCUCUCAUGGAUACACGCAAGACAUUGUUCUUGUGUGAAACUGACACCGAUGCAGCAAUCACAGAAUGCUUGAAGAAUGCAGUGAAAAAGCUGACAACUUCGAAUCAGCUUAUCAAGGCAAAAAUGAAGAGCUUGGGAAGGCGAACAUCAAGUGAAACUGAGUGGGUCUUGUCUGAGCUUGACAACAUUUCUGCUGAAGUUGGUGAUGCGCAAAAGAUUGCUCAGAGCCUUCUGGCCUGCUCUGGUGAAGAUACAGACUUGGUUGACUCUAUGAAGGAUAUGACAUGUUGGCUGUUCUCCUAUCCUUUGUACAAGCGUGCUUUGAAAGGAGCGGUCAUUUCCAACAUGAAGUUCUUGGACUGGCCAGCACUGACAUCGUCCACCAGAACACGCAUGCAAAGCCAACUUGGCACUGAUGCGGGUGCAGAUUUCUUUUGGCUCAUGAUCAAUGAGGUGACCCAGAAGCUGCUAAGGGCAAUUCCCACCAAGAAAGUCAAUGAUGCUGAUUCCAUUUCACCAGUGGCUGGGUUCUUCGAGCAUUUGCACAAAGAGACGGACCAUUUGGAGAAGAGUGAUGCUAUCUCAUCAACGAUCAAGAGCCUUUUCAACAUUCUUCAUCCAGAGCAGACACUUCCGACUGAACUGAUGAGUUCCGUUGACCAUUUGCUGAAAACUUCCAAGUCAGAAAACAACCAUGCUGAGGAUGGAGGUCUUUCAGCUGUCUUUCUGAACAUUGCAUCAGGAAAGCAACUCGUGAGAAAUGCAAGGGCCUGCGCAGAGAGUUCCACCAAAGACCUAGCAUUUUUGGAGAAGGCCACCAAAGACUUUGAAGUUGUGCAUGACUUGGUGAACAAAAUUGACAUGCCUGAUGAGUUCACUUCAACUGAUGCGAUGACGGCGAUUGGCUCUGGCCUUUCGGCAGUGGAUUCCGUGGUGUCUGCCAACUCUGGCAGUGACGCAGCAAAGCAGUUUCUCGACUCUGCCAAGGAUACACUGACGAAGCUUCUGCCAAAGAUUGGUUCUACUAUCAUGUCGAAUGAAGUUAAUCCAUGGCUGCAGCACAUUCACAAGUGUGUGAAGGACAAACAAUUUGAGGAACAGAUCUCUCCCUUAGCAGAAAUCAAUGAAUCCAUUGUGAACCGCCUUGCAACACACAGCUGCUUGAAGAAAUACGCAUCUUUGUUGAUCAGCGUCAUGCACCUCAUCAAAUUGGCAUCGUCUCUAUUGGAGUUCUACCGAAGAAACCAGGCCAACAAUGUGGACACAGAGGUGGCGGUGAAAACCAUGAAAGCCAUUGAGACCUUCUUGAGGGAUCAUCAGAGUCAGCUUGCAAAGUCCGACAACACAUUGUCCACGGAUGAGCUCAAGUCUUUGGUGACCACCAUCACUGAUCAGUCCCUUGACAAAGCAUCCCAAGACAUCAAUGUGUGCAUGAGUAAGGCAGCACAGCUAUUUGUCAAGGCAGUUCCGCUUGCCAAUGCUCAUCUUGUCAUUCCAGCAGACAUCGCAGCUAUGGCAAGUACCAAAGAGAAGGUUCUGCUGGUGGUAGCUCCGUUUUCCAAGUGUGUGCGUCUUUUGGAACUCAAGAACAUUGUCAUGAUGUGCUAUCAUCUCUUUGUGGGCAGUCUCUCAGCAAACACUAAUGAUGACUAA